AUGGGCGAUUAUGUAGCCCGGAAAGAACCGAUCACCGUUGAGAUUCUUUUGAAAUUGUUUAGUCAAUUCGAUUUCAACAAUCAUUUGCAUGUUUGUAUGCGCGCUUUAUUUUUAGUAGCCUUCUUUUCGUUCUUGCGUAUAUCCAAUUUAGUUCCCCAUAAGUUGUCUGACAUCGUCAAUCCACAGGCUUGUCAUUUAACGCCCUCCAACGUGACUUUCACCUCACAGGGGGCUCUGUUACGUAUCACACAUACCAAAACUAUCGCGCAGGCAGUUAGAAAUUCCCUUGCCCUGUAUUCCGGGUUCUCCUCUCUGCCCAGUGACUGCGCUCACACAGUAUUUAGCCAGUGUACCGCUACCACCUCGCUCUCCUUUAUUUGUUUGUAA